AUAUUCGAUGGAGGGAAGAAAAAGCACCAAUUAGUUUUUCCAUAGCCUAUCCAGAGUUCAGAACACCGUGAGCCUCACUUUAUACCCUUCUUCCUUACGAAUAUUUGUGGAUAAGAUCUUCAAAAUGGAUGUUUAAUGACUACAAGCACUGCAACCAUGCAAGUCAUUUAUUUCUGCUAAUUCGUCCAUUGCCGGUGAUAUUGUGGACCCAGUAUCAAUAGCUUCUUAGCAGCUGUCAGUUCUGACUGCCAAUAGAGGAAGUUGAGGCUGAAGCACUCCCUGGGCACAUAGUUUAAGUGCAAUCAAGGGUUUAGGAAAGCAGAUAGGAUGGAAGAGGCGGGAAAGUUUGGCAAUGAGAGGGCUGAUUCUGGUAUCACUGCCAAGGACCAAGAAGGAACAAGCAUGGGAAAAAAUGAUUGCAUUCAACAAUCAGUUAACAUGGAACACCAACAUCAAGAAAACCAACUAAAUCCAAUUUCAAGCUCUAUGGAUUCCUCAGUCCAAUCUCACUGCCUAGUCUGCUCAAGCAAACAAAGCUGCCAAAUAGUCCGUUCAAGAACUAAACUAAUGAACACUUUGAUUGAAAGAGGGAAGCCACAGGAAGUCCAGUCCAUUUUUGACAGUUUAAUGGAGGGAGGACACCGGCCAUCCCUAAUAACAUAUACAACUCUAUUAGCUGCCUUGACUGUCCAGAAGCGCUUCAAAUCCAUUCCAUCACUUAUCUCUGAGGUGGAAGACAGGGGAAUGAAGCCUGACUCGAUUUUCUUCAAUGCUAUUAUCAAUGCUUUCUCUGAGGCUGGAAAUUUUGAGGAAGCCAUGAAAACCUUCUGGAGGAUGAAGGAAAGUGGAUCUAAACCCACAACCAGUACUUUCAAUACCUUAAUCAAAGGGUAUGGCAUUGCUGGUAAGCCUGAAGAAUCCCUUAAACUACUAGAGCUAAUGUCCAAGGAGGAAAAUGUGAAACCUAAUCACAGGACUUAUAACAUCCUUGCCAGAGCUUGGUGUAACAGGAAGAACAUUACGGAAGCCUGGAAUGUGGUUUAUAAGAUGGUGGCAUCUGGUUUGCAGCCUGAUGUUGUUACAUACAACACACUAGCAAGAGCUUAUGCACAGAAUGGGGAGACUAGUAGGGCUGAAGAGAUGAUAUUGGAGAUGCAGAACAACAAUGUGCAGCCCAAUGAGCGCACUUGUGGCAUCAUCAUUAGUGGAUAUUGUAAGCAGGGCGAUAUGGAGGAUGCCUUGAGAUUUGUGUACAGGAUGAAAAAUCUCCAGGUGCAUCCAAAUCUUGUUGUUUUCAACUCUCUGAUAAAAGGUUUUCUGGAUAUAACAGAUAAGGAUGGGGUUGAUGAGGUACUGACAUUAAUGGAAGAUUUUGGCGUCAAACCAGAUGUGAUAACAUUCAGCACCAUCAUGAAUGCUUGGAGUACAGCUGGACUCAUGGACAGAUGCAGAGAGAUCUUUGAUGACAUGGUGGAGGCUGGUAUAGAACCUGACAUCCAUGCAUAUAGUAUUCUUGCAAAAGGUUAUGUGCGUGCACGUCAACCAGAGAAGGCUGAAGCUCUUCUAACAACAAUGGUUGAUAUGGGUGUAUGUCCGAAUGUUGUGAUCUUCACUACCAUCAUCAGUGGAUGGUGCAGUGCAGCAAAAAUGGAAUAUGCAAUUAGAGUUUUUGAGAAGAUGUUGGAAUCUGGUGUCUCUCCCAAUGUGAAGACGUUUGACACGCUGAUAUGGGGAUUUGGAGAAGCAAAGCAGCCAUGGAAAGCAGAAGAAAUGCUUCAAACCAUGGAAGAUAUGAGGGUCCUGCCUGAGAAGAGCACAAUCCAGCUUGUUUUAGAGGCUUGGCGUGCCGUUCGUUUAGUGAGUGAGGCCAAUAGGUUCUUGAGUACAGUAGAUCAGGAAUUGCUUCUUCCCUCAGAUACGAAGGAUGAGAUACCAGUAGACAGCUUGGAAAGGAUUUAUCAGAGACAAGAUCUGAUGGCUCCUUAUUCCAAUCAGUUGCAGGUACCAGGGGUAGUCAUGAGCGAUCAACAAGGACCAACAGCUGCUAACAAAAGAAGCCGGAUGGUGUUGAGAGAUACAGAUCUCUCAUCAGAGAGUCUCUGGUCUGCUACUAAAUCCAUAUUAUCCACCCACACAUGUGGGUUUGGGGCAAAUUCACCAAUUAUAUGCCGGAAGCAAUCCCAAGUUCACCCUGGAAUAUAUGGGCAGGUUGUAAAUUCAUGUAGACUGGUGUUUCUGAAUUGAGGAGAGGCAAUCAAGCGGUCAUUCCUUGCAGAACUAUAGACUUUGAGUCAUGGCAACACGUUGUUUCUCUUUUUUUUUUUUCUUCUGAAGGGCAUCCUCUGUGCACUCAUUCCCAAGAAGUUCAGUCACUUGCUACCCAUAGUUGCAGAUAGCAAAGAGAGCACCUUCAACAUCAUCAAGAAUCUUGUAGGGUGCAUCACAGAAAUCUCCUUUCCUCUAUAAGCUUCCUAAUUGUACAAGUUACUUGCAGCAUGCCAUUUAUUUGCUUACAAUGCCCAUGUAUAAAUUGUCAAUUUAUUUCUGAAACCAAUAAGAAUAUCAUAGUAUUGAUUGUACAA